AUGCAGAAACUUAACUAACUACAAAGCAAUGAACAACAAGUAUAUUUCAAAUCUAGGUUGAUUCAUACUCUAUAAAACUACUUAUUGAGUAACUAAAAGAGGAAGGACUGUAAAAUGAUAAGCAAUCCAUAAGAUGCUGACUUAUUCCUCUAAUAACAAUACUAAAUUAAAUAAAAUGGAUUGUAAAACAAACCACUUCAUUCUUUAGUGGUCUUAUAUAAAAACCAGCUUAAAAGCUGA